UUCAUUUCGGAUCAAGACCGUGACCUCUUAGUAUAGCUGAUAAGCGUUAUUGGUAUUGUAGUGCUCACUAGCUCGAUGGUUUGUGCGUGAAAAGUGUUACUAUUUUCAAGAGCAACGUUAUGAUAUAAUUAUAAAAAUGUAUUAUCUAUUACUGCUGCUCUCUCUUUCCGUGGUGUAUGGAGACCAUCACUUCAGGACCAACAUGUUGCCAGAUAGAACUUCUAUCGUACAUCUUUUCGAAUGGAAGUGGAAAGAUAUAGCCGAGGAGUGCGAGAGGUUUUUGGCUCCUCACGGCUUUGGUGGAGUUCAGAUUUCCCCUCCAUCUGAAAACCUGAUCAUCCAUCUAAAUGACGGCUCCCGAACUUGGUACGAACGGUAUCAGGUCAUGUCAUACAAGUUGAAGACCAGGUCCGGAGACGAGAAUCAAUUUCUGGACAUGACUAGACGGUGCAACAAAGUUGGUGUAAGAAUUUACGCAGAUGUAGUAAUGAACCACAUGACUGGAGACAACCCAAACAACAUAGGCACAGGUGGCAGCACUGCUGAUUUCCAGAAGUAUGAAUACCCAGGAGUUCCGUACCACCAGGAACACUUCCACUACCCCUAUUGUAGUGUCAAAAAUUACAAUAAUGCUACAGAGGUCCGAGACUGCCAACUGGUAGGUUUAAAAGAUUUAAAUCAAACGAUGGGCUACGUCCGCACCAAGAUCGUUGAAUAUUUCAAUAUCCUUAUUGAUUCUGGAAUCGCCGGCUUAAGAGUUGAUGCAGCAAAGCACAUGUGGCCGAACGACCUGAAAAAAAUCUACGAAAAGCUAAACAGUCUGAACACUGAUUUUGGGUUUGCCCCGAACACGAGGCCUUAUAUCUAUCAAGAGGUUCUAUACUAUGGCAAUGAAGACAUCAGACCUUCUGAGUAUACUUCACUUGGAGACGUCACGGAAUUCAGGGUGGAGUCAAAAUUGAAAGAAGUCUUCAAAGGGAGGAAUGCGCUGAAAUGGCUGGCAGCUAUAGCUUUUAUGUUAUCACAACCUUACGGAAUCACAAGAAUUAUGAGCAGCUAUUUCUUUGAUACGAGCGACCAAGGACCUCCGGAAGACUACAAUGAAAAUAUCAUUUCUCCCACAAUUAAUGGUGUAAGUUUGAACAUCGAAAGCCGUAUUUAUUGGGACGAUACAUGCGGCAAUGGAUGGGUAUGUGAACACCGGUGGCGCCAGAUAUACCAAAUGGUUGCAUUUAGGAAUGUGGUCAAGAACGAACCUGUGCAAAAUUGGUGGGAUAAUGGCAACAACCAGAUUGCUUACAGCAGAGGAAAUAAAGGAUUCAUAGUAUUCAAUCUUGAAGGGACAGAUUUUAAUCAACGUUUAAAGACAGGUCUACCCGAGGGAGAGUACUGUGACGUCAUAAGUGGUAAACGAAAAGACAGUUCUUGUUCAGGUUCUAAGAUCACCGUCGGUACUGACGGAUAUGCAAAUAUAGUGAAGAAAGCUAAUGAAGAAGAUAUACAUUUAGCAAUACACGUCGGGAAAGAGUCCAAGCUGUGAAAGGGGAAAAGGGUGUGAAAAACACCUAAAGCCGUAAUAGACGCACCACAAAAAUAUUGGACUCAUUUGAAUAUUUCUUUGCUAACAUCAAUAAACAUAUAAAUAUUUAAGUUCAGAUUACUUUUUGGCAAAAGAGGAGUUCAUACCUUAUAGUCGAAAAUAUUACCUAUAGUGCGCUUCAAGAAAAUUUUUACUUAAAGAUUAUGAAAUCAGCUUUCUGAUAUGAUUUUCCCUAUAAUUUUAGGCCAAGCUCAUAACAGCCCGGCUUUACCAGGGCUGAGCACAUAUCUUACAAUAUUUAUUUCCAAAAUACUUCAUUUAUUAUUUCAUUUCAUCGACUAAACUAGCAACACUUUCAUAUCUUCCAUAAAAUAACUCAACCAUAUCUGCUUUUAUAUGUGACUCCGAUUCAUUCAUUUAUCAUUUUUAUGUCGAUUCAUAUUUGAAUUCAGCUCUAUUCGAAAUAUUUCGAGUUGUUGAAUCUUUUCUCUUUAUGAUGUGUCCAAACCAAGUACGGCUAACUAUAAUUUCCUACCUUAUCAUUAUUGUAAAUUGCAUGAUAAAUAAAUGCACAAAAUGUUUGUAAACGU